AUGUCAACUCCAGCUGAAGCAGGCAUGAAACGAGAAUCAGUUGCGAGCAGUGGUGGUUAUAUUGAUGUCGCAAAACUGGUACUCCUCAGAUUAAGUAACGAGUGGCAGACGAACAUAAAUUAUCGCAAUUCCAUGAAAGCACAUGUGGUUAUUCCUUGUCCUCAAAACCGUACUGCAGAUUGGCAAUCUUCUAUGGACCGUCUCGGAUGGUCCUUGUGUGGAAAUGACUGGUACAUGACGGGAAUGUGGAGACAUGACUUUCGCAGUGAAGACGAGAGAAUAGGCAGAAUUGAAUAUGCAGAAUGCCAUAACGCACCCCGUAAUUUGUACCCAGUUAAGGGGGAACAGGAUUGUUACGAACAUGAUUGGUCGCGCAGUUUCGAUCAUCAGGGAUGGUCCACAUGCAAAAAUGGUUACUACAUGACAGGUCUUUACAAGAGUAAUGGACAACAAUUGCGCAAUAUUGAAACAGCCAAAUGCUGCCGACCGAGGACACAAGUGGAACAGUGGGGACAAUGCUACAAUCUCAAUGUGGCAUUUAACCAUCGAGGUUGGAGCAAAUGUCCACAUGGAUACUACAUGGCGGGGCUUUAUAGGAAUGCAUGUGAGAGCUUGAGCUGUAUAGAACGUUUUAAAUGCUGCAAGAUGGGCCCAUUAGAUGGAAACUCAUGGAUUGAAUCACCAAAUCUUCGUAUCGUAGUAAAAGACGCAUUCGGACAGUUCAAGCAAUGCUCUAUAAACGCGACGGAUAAUUCCGGUAGUACAUACCAAUGCAAGUCAGUCUCAAGUAGCGCUAAUCUGUUGGAACUCAGUGCAUUAAAAUUCAUUAUAUUAAAUCAGACGUCAAUCUACGACGCAAACCCUGAAACAAUUGAUUACUCCCAUACUGUCACUUGCUCAGCUUAUCUAUGCACACCCUAUCAAUGCAAUAAAACGCUCAUAACAAAAGGGUCAACCUUUUCUACCCUCAAACCUGACACGUGGUUCUCUGUGAAAGUUAAAAUUGAAGCAACAGUAGAUAUCGAUGCAGAAUUGUUUGACGCAGAAACAAGAGCAAACUUCACGGAAAUAAUCAAUUCAUCAUCUUUAAAUCAGCAGCAAUUCAUAAAAAAAACGUAUACGAAAACGUACAAGACGGACCUAAGAGUUCUCCUGCCAGAAAAUACCAAGCUUACUGUAAACUUCAAGAGAAAGCAGUUUCAAUACCUGGAAUACAAAUGGAAAGGACUGUUAGAAUUGUCGGGGAAAUACUCCAUAAAGUGGCAACACGGUCGAGAAAGUAUCCUGGAUGUGAAGAAUGCGCUAUCUGGGCCGAAGAGAGAGAUAAACGUGUUUGGGAAAUGGAUUUAUCCUGGCAAUGACGACGAACAGUUUUAGAAACUAAGUAAUUAUAAUAAUGGCCUAUUAAAACUGGGUAGGUGCCCGACUUGUUUUUUAGUGUAGUACGAAGAUGUAACCGCUCCUCUUUAAUUGCACGUCUCUAUUGUAACUUUUUAUUUCCCACUGGGACAGUCAUAGUGUAUCUCACCAAGUCCCUGUUCACCUGAUGGAGGCGAUUUACCGGGGCUACUGGGACAAAACGGUUGUGUUAUCUGGAGCCGAGUAACUCGGUAUUUGUUUCAAUGUCUUUGUCAUCUCCUUGCGAAGAGUUUUGUAAUGCAGUGUUUCAUCUGCAUCAAAAUCAAUAACUUUCUUUUCUUCAUCAUAUUUACGUUCUUUGAUUCAGCCAUAUUGUUUAUUUAUAACUCGUCUUGCCAAGAUCCCGGCAAGCCGAGUAACUCGGAUACAUCAUAUAAACAGUUAACAGGGUUAUCCAUACAAUAUAUAGAACAAACGAAAACUCGUUUCUGCCGCCGGGUAACUCGUUUAGCCGGGUAAGUCGACUCCAUGUUCCAUGUAAACAGGGCUUUAACACUGUAGUACAAUAAAUGUAUCCAUUAUUGUAC